AUGAACUCGACGCAUCCCCCGCCCGACCAGAUGCGCUCUGCCUACCCGCCGUCCCCCGCCAAUCCCGGCUCCGCUCCGGCCGCCGCGCCCGUCUACCUAAACUCCACGUUCCAGCAUCACCACCACCAGCAUCAGCCUCCGCCGCGGCAGCCUCAGUCUAGUCCUCACGACAUGCACCGCCUCAAUGUCCUCGGCUCGCCCCACGGCCAUAGUCAGCCUCAUCUCCAUCCUCACCCUCAUGCCAGUCCGCCUCCACUAUCGCAGCCGCCGCCGUCGCACAUUCACCACUCUCAGCUUCAGCAUCACAACAUGAUGCCUCCUCCGCCCCACAUGCAACCGCCGCCGCCGCCGCCGCCGCCGUCCUCGGCCAAUGCUUCCAGACCAGACGACGCGCCCUCUACCUCAUCCAUGUCGUCGGCCAACUCCCAAGGCAGCUCCCAGACAAUGCUCGCUCCUUUCUCAAAGGUCGACGAAGCUACCGGCCGCAAGUACCAACUAGACGUUGUGCAACAGCCUAGACGCGCCCGCAUGUGCGGCUUUGGCGACAAGGACCGGAGACCAAUUACGCCUCCGCCCUGUGUGCGGCUCAUCAUCACAGAUGCGGCCACUGGCCGAGAGAUAGACUGCAACGCCAUCGACCACUCCAUGUUCGUCCUCAACGUGGAUCUUUGGAAUGAGGAUGGCACUCGCGAAGUCAAUCUAGUCCGGUCCUCCACGGGCAGCCCUUCCAUCUCAUCGACGACGCCAUAUUCUUAUACGACACUCAACGGAGGCGACACCUCCAUGGUGCCUUACACUCAGCACAUUCUCCCGUCAAACCGCGAUGCCGCCUUCAAUUCCCCUCAAUCCGUCGGCUUCGUGCACGACUAUCAGGUGCAGCCGGGAUACGGCCAGGCACCCCCAUCAUAUCCCUCCAAUGGCACAUAUGGCCCUCCACAGCAGUUCUACCCGCAGCACCAAGCCUACCGCCAAGAUGGAGCCGUCCCACCCGUUCCAUCACAAGCCAACAUGGCGCACUUCACCAGAAAUGGCGUUCCCGUGGCGCCCGGCUUUGUUCAGGACCAGAACUCUCUAACCCGGAUGGCCAUGGUGGGCGGCCAACCCCAAGGCAUGUUUACUAGGAAUCUCAUCGGUAGCUUGGCCGCCAGUGCCUUCCGCCUGAGCGAUACCUCAGACCACAUCGGCAUCUGGUUUGUCCUGCAGGACCUCAGUGUUCGCACAGAAGGUGCCUUUCGGUUACGAUUCUCAUUUGUCAAUGUCGGAGCACGGGGAGGGGCUCGCCGCGAUGGCAAUGUCCCCAGGGUCAAUACCGGCCGCGCUCCCAUCUUGGCGUCGUGCUUCAGCGACGUGUUCAAUGUUUAUUCGGCCAAGAAAUUUCCCGGGGUCUGCGAGAGCACGCCGUUGAGCAAGACGUUUGCCACGCAAGGCAUCAAGAUUCCCAUCCGCAAAGACGCAAACGUCAAGGGAGGCGACGACGAUGACUACGGCGAAUAG